GGUUCCCGCUCGGGUCCGCGCCCGGAUCGCGAUGGCGGCGGCGGUGGCAGCAGCCGGGGCAGGAGCAGCGGCGGGCGGGGGAGGCGGGGAGCGGAGCAGCACCCGGGACCGGCUCCUGGCGGCGCUGGAGGAUCUCGAGCUCUUGGCCAGGGAACUAAUUGAAAUUUUGGCAAUUUCAAGAAACCAAAAGCUUCCACAACCAGGAGAGGAGAGCCAGAUCCUGGAACUGCUGAUUCAGAGAGAUGGAGAGUUUCAAGAGCUAAUGAAGUUGGCAGUUGAUCAGGGAAAAAUCCAUCAUGAAAUGCAGCUUUUAGAAAAGGUAGUAGAAAAGCGGGAUAAUGAUAUUCAGCAGCUGCAGAAACAGCUUAAAGAAGCAGAGCACAUACUGGCAACAGCUGUUUAUCAAGCAAAGGAAAAACUGAAAUCAAUUGAAAAAGCACGAAAAGGUGCCAUUUCCUCUGAAGAAAUAAUUAAAUAUGCCCAUAGGAUCAGUGCUAGCAAUGCUGUUUGUGCCCCUCUGACAUGGGUACCAGGGGAUCCACGUAGGCCAUAUCCUACAGAUCUGGAAAUGAGAAGUGGUCUCUUGGGUCAGAUGAACAACCCACCCACCAAUGGAGUCAAUGGACACUUACCAGGGGAUGCACUUGCAGCAGGCAGACUGCCAGAUGUGCUUGCUCCUCAGUAUCCUUGGCAGUCAAGUGAUAUGUCAAUGAACAUGCUACCUCCUAAUCAUAGUAAUGACUUCAUGCUGGAGCCUCCAGGACACAAUAAAGAGAAUGAAGAUGAUGUGGAAGUUAUGUCAACAGACUCCUCAAGCAGCAGCAGUGACUCAGACUAGGUACAAGGGGGACAGUAUCCCUAGUAGACCUUUCCUGUGGUGAGGGUAGGUUAGAUGCUGUUUGUCACAAACUGCAACAUCCUUUUGUUACACCAGCAGCCCUAUGUAGUGAGAAGAUAACAGCUGGCUCAGAAAUAGUGUGGCUAAUUUAAAACCAUGGACUACAGACUUCUUUUUUUCCUGUUGGAUGUUCUGGGAGCUGGGAGAAAUGUCUGGGAGCUGUCUGCUGGGGGAGAGAUGUCAGAUUUUCAGUGAUUGUGUAAAUGUAUGUUUACAAGAGAUGUGUAAAUAUAUAUUUAUAUAUAUGUAUUUACUAUACAUUAGACAGCAUAAGUUCCUGGGAAAAAAUGUGUAAGGGGAAUCCCCUUGUAUGUUUGUUAGUAACUUUACUCUUUUGAUGCCUUUUCUAUGCCACAGAAAUGAAACAUGAAGUUUGUAAUGUAUCUUUUUUUUUGUUACUGCCUAAAUAUGUGUUCUUGAUCAUCUGUGUAUCAAGGACAAAAAAAUUGGCAAUAAGUGUAAUAAAAGAGUUUGUAAUUAUUGUAAUAUAUAACGAAUGAUUUGUCAUAAAUAAACUCAGCUUUGAUCUAA